UGCCUAUAAAGUUUGCACUUCUCAAUAUCAUUUGCAGUUAAGACACGAAGAACAUGACUUUGACGGUGUGCCUUGUCUUGUGUUUCUUAUAUUUUACCAUUUCCUUUGCAUCGAGUGGAGAGUCUACCUUAAAUAAAUAUUUGUCUGGCUACGUAGACUAUGUUUCCACCGCAAAGAGCAUAAUUAAGAGUCCAUUCUUUUAUGGUCCAGCCACAGCGUUUGGUGUAGUGAAAGGCAUUUCAAAGUCUGAGAAACUUCAGCCACGACUGAACUUGACAAUCAAUAAUGAACUGACAAAUGGCAUUCUUGUAAAACCCGAUAUUGACUUGGAAUACGGUGUAGAAGAAGCUAAUCCGAAGAGGAGGAUUAAUCCUGGGGAAUCUUUUUCUAUGAGUUUAAGAGGCACAAAUUUUUUACCAGUAGGGACGACUGGCGUACUGACUUAUCAUUUUAAGGAAACAGAUUUUGCGUUAUCCAUAACUUGGAGUGUUCCAUUCUUUUAUUAUGUGCCCUUGAUGUACUCCGCUAAUAAUAGAUUUGGAAUCAAUGUGUACAAAAAACCAUGUGAACAAAAAGCGAAUUCAACCCUAGCGAUUCAUGGGCCUGGAGAGUCUUAUUCGUUUGAGUCGACGGAAGUGUACAAGAGUGAAAAAGUUGUGUUGUAUGGAAUUAUGACAAGUGGAAUGACUGAUGCAAAUCUUGAAAUUUUUUUAACAAAUUCAUAGACGAUCCAUGCACAUGUAAAGCAGAAAUAGUGCAAGAAUACCAUGUUUAUUUUCAAAGUCGAUUUUAAAUGAUUAAUUGCACAUUCUGUUAUUUUAAAUAAAAAAAAGAAUAAAUAUACUACAUAAU